UGGUAGCACGUUUAUUUGAAUUAUUUAAAUUCAAGGGCAUAAUGCAUGAGUAUAUGGUAAUUAAGGACAUAGGAUGUGAUGACAUCAUUUUCUUGUUUGGCGCCCAACGUUUAUGCAUAGUAGUCCAAGAUUUCGUGGACUUUUUCAUCAUCAAUGUUUUCACAUAAUCUUGCCAUGGGUUAUAAGGAAGCUGUGAAAGCUUUAAACUCCUUACAAACCAACACUGCUUUUAUAAAAGAGUUGGAAAAGAAAGACAGGCACUCACAUGAUUCAGAAAUCAAGAAAUUUGAAGAAACUAUUAAAUUCUUAGAAAGAUCUGGGGUGAGCCUAGAAAAGCUAGAUGAAUUAUCAGUUAUUCAUGUGUCUGGAACAAAAGGCAAGGGAUCAACUUGUGCCUUCUGUGAAUCUAUCUUACACCAUCAUGGUUACAAGACAGGCUUUUAUUCAUCACCACAUCUUGUUGCAGUCAGAGAAAGAAUCCGGAUAAAUGGACAGCCACUAAGCCAGUCUGACUUUGCCAAAUACUUCUGGAACAUUUAUAAUUCAUUACUAGAAUUAAGGAAAAGCAAUAAUGACAUGCCAUCAUACUUUAAAUUCCUGACUGUGAUGGCAUUCUAUGUUUUUCUGUCUGAGAAGGUAGAUGUUGCCAUUGUAGAAGUUGGAAUUGGUGGAGAGUAUGAUUGUACAAACAUACUCAGACAGGUUUCAACUGUUGGGAUAACAUCACUAGGCAUUGACCACACAAAUGUGCUUGGAAACACAAUAGAAGAAAUUGCUUGGCAGAAAGCUGGAAUCAUGAAACCUGGAAGCAUCACUUUUACAGUGGAUGAGCAGCCAAAAGCAGCAUUAAAAGUUCUCAAACAAAGAGCUUCUGAAAAGAAAAGCACUUUGCUGAUUGCCCCACCUCUGGCGUCAUAUGAUUGGAGUUCUUUCAAGUCAGAGUUCGGAAUGGUAGCAAAUGUACAGUUUGUCAAUGCAUCCUUAGCCAUUCAAUUGGCAAAUGCAUGGAUAUGCCAGCAUACAACUGGCAUCCACCAACUUGCUGGUGCAGCACUGACAACAAAGGAUGGUACAGGAUCAGAAGAAUGGUUACCUGUAUCACCGACAUUUCCAAUUUCGUCCAGUAUGGCAUUAGGUCUGAAAUUUUGUACCUGGCCAGGGCGGAACCAGAUCAUCAAUGAUGGGUUGAUUCACUUCUUCCUGGAUGGUGCUCAUACCAGUGAAAGUUUAUGGUUGUGUGCUGACUGGUUCAUUCAGAAUUCACAAGCAAUUGCCAAACAGGACAUACCAUACCGUGUGCUGGUAUUCAAUUGUACAGGAAACAGAGAUCCCAGGGCACUUCUUUUACCACUGUUGAACUGUGGCUUUCAGCUGGUCAUUUUCUGCCCCAACAGUGUCACAACCAGUGUUGACUCCAGUUCAGAUCAGGCCAAUUAUAUGACCAGUGUAACACAGCAGCUUGAGAAAUGCAGGAGUACUCAAGACGUUUGGCAUGAACUCCAAGAAGAAAAUGUAAAGAAUAGAUCCAGUGCCUUUAAUGGCCUCCAGCCACUGUAUGUUCCAAAUAAUCUUCCUAUAAAUUUUCAUGAUUCGUGCAAUUCAUUUAAGUCAAAAGCAGAAGUAAAACUCUUCCCAUGUAUGUCUGAUACUUUGGCUUACCUCAAAAAGAAAACUGAAGAUGAAGCUUGCAAAUCCCACAUAUUGGUCACAGGCUCUCUUCAUCUCGUUGGAACUGCAUCAAGUGUCUUGGAUCCAGACCUAACAUUGGCUACUCCACAGUUGUCUGGUGGGAUUGGUAUUUCACCAUUCAGUAGUACUGAUGUGAUGGGAAGUUGCACCAGUUAAAAAAAGUUGCAAGCAAUAUAAAAUCCAGAUACUAUUAAUAACCAAAGGUGAAGACCGAUUGCCAAGCAGUGUAACAAUCUUGUAAGAUUGGAAAGUAUAGAAAAAUGAGUUGAGGUAGGUGAAUCUCAAAAAAUAUCCUUGUUCCAUUACUGUGCUACAAAACAGUAAGGUGUAUUUAAAACUACGUAAUAAUGAUAGAAUUAAAUGCCACCAUGAUCCCUGUUUAGACAAUCUGGUGGCAACAGAAGCUUAUUUCUUGACACUCCUUCAGUACAUUCCAAAGUGUUAUGUAAAUUUUAAAAAUAUAUACAUCAAGAAUUUUUGUUUUAUUUCUAUUUAUCAGGGCCAGAAAUGCAUCAAAAGUUUACUUUCCAUAUAUCUGUUUUAUGAAAGUAGGCAAUGGUUAUUGAAGCCUGAAAACUAUAAUGGGUGUGUUUAUUCUUAAAAAAACAGAAUGCAGUGUGAUGGUGCUAGCAAUAAGAGUGUGGUUAAUUAAGUACCAUGCUAUGAAGACAUUGUUAUUAAUUUCAAUUGGUGGUGGUGUGUGGUCAGUUUCAGACUUCAGUUGCUUUUCCUUUAGCCCCAGGUAUCCAGUAGAUAGAAUGCUCCAGAGCUGGUCUGCAUAUUGGUGAUGAGAAAAAUCCCUGGCCCUGCUGAGAAUCAUCUUAAGUCAUCCCAUCUGUAGCCAGUCAUAUACUGACUGCUGUCCCAACUCAAAGCAUGACAAUGAAAUGUAAACAGUU